CUGGGAGAUCGCAACAGAUGCUCACCAGGACAUAUGUCGAAUAAUUCUGGCCAUCCAUUGACGUCUCCGAGGAGAAAACGGAGUCACGGAACCGUGUUGCGAAAGUUUACGAGCUGUUUUUGCGUGCAGCCGGAUUUGAGUCCACCGGAAAGUGGAAGGCAUGAUUUCAUCUUCAUACAUAAAGACCGGAACGAUUUGUCGGGAAACACGUCAAGAAUGACGAUGGCAAAGGGUGAUAGUGCGCUGUGUUUGCAAAAUAGAAGCGAACCAGAGCAUCCACCGAAUCCACGCAUCCAUCAGUCAUCGGAGCGGCCAUGUCCCCCAUUUAAAAAUACGGAUUCCAACAAGUUUGGAAGGGUAACGAACAAUGUUCAAGGCAUACAGAUCAUUCAUCCGGUCGGAGAAAGCCGUCAUUGCAACUUCAGGUUUUCUCGCGAUCCUUCAUCCUCCAAAGGUGACGAACAAAUCUCAAGUUGUACCGGGAUUCCGGUUAAUUCUGCGAGUACCGUGAGUUGUCCGGAAAAAUUGAAUAACGAUGUUUUUUUGUUUGGAGAUCGGUUGGAUCCCAUAUUUAUAGCCGCCAACGAAAUCGUCUCGGCCUCGAAAUCCCUAACAAAUGCUAUUGAAUCGCUAAAGAAGCAAGUUUGCUUCAAUGUUUCCAAGAAUGACGUUACCCGAAAGCAAAUGUUGGAACGCAUGAUUAUGGCACCUGGCGAAAAAUCCGAAUUAUCUACAGAUUACAACGUGAAAUCCCUUGAUAUUGCAGACACACUUUCAGACCUACCACCCUUAUCAGAAUCAGAAAAGUGUAAUCUGAUCAAUGCAGAUAACGUAUAUCAUUUCGCUAGACAUAACCCGCUUAUUUUAAUAGAGGAUUUGGACGCAGUGGAGCCGAUUCACCAAGAAUUUGGCCCAAAUAUAAAUUCGGAUACACUGCUCAAUAAGGACAACUAUCUGGUCCCUCCUGAAGAAGAUAAGGCAGCUAAAUCUUAUUACCCUGGAUUGUCGAGUACGGUUCCAACUUGUCUAGAUCGAACUACUUAUUCUUCGGUGUUAAAAAGAGGUGACAGUGUUUUCACACACGAAUCCCAUUCAAAUUGCCAAACACUUAUUACUUCCACGUUCCAACUGUUCUCUAAUGAAGAAACACAGGUCACCGAGUUCGAUGAAGCACUGACAACAGAUGAAGGCGAAAAUUCCUAUGAAUUCAAGACUGAUCAAACUGCACAGGAUCAGCUGUCUGCAGGAGAUCAGUCGCCUGCCGGCAAUAAACUGGAAUUAGAAGGGCUUCAAUCAGCGCCAUCGUUGACAAACGCGAUUCCGGGACUUCCUAAAGUUAUUCCGCGUAACCGACACCGAACGAUCCAGUUGCACUCCGACAAACUCAAAAACAUUGACUUAAGGUCUCCCAAACCACCUUCGGAAGAAAAAGCACAAACAACAGAGUUCACAUGUCUCACGUGGGAUACAAGCCCGACCAAUUCCAUAGGUGAUGGACGCCUUUUACCAGCCUGUGCUUCGAACGCUUCUGAGGUUAUCCAACCAAAAGAAGAAACGUGUGACCGUCCUAAUAACGCUUCAGUAGUACCAAAUACUAGAACGCUGCCUGUAAUCUUAGAUGCAGACGAUCUCUUGUUUGAGGUACAAUGCCAGCGGAAUAACCACAAUAAUAGACCACCUGCAAGCAUCGCUACCUCAGAAGACAAUAUUAGAAAUCCUAAUGAAAGUAACCCCUUGGAAAACCUUACUUUUUGUCAUGCAGUCGAACAGAGUCCCCACAAGUGGAACAUCACAAAUUCUGAGUGUUCUGCGCCAAGUAUAGCCACAAAAACUCAAACUUCUUCAAGCGAUUGUGGCAGCCCGAGUGUCCAAACCACUGCCCCCGCGGUUAGUUCACAACACCCCGAAAGCUCACGUGUUCAAAGAACAUACACUGGGCUGGCUAGAGUCAAUACACUCCCAAUCGUUGGUGCAGCACCCGAUGUGGAUCCGUUCACGACAGGAAACACAAGGAGUGAUGGCAGGGGUGACCUGAGCGAAUUUGAGCGACGCCGUCUUCUAUGGACUAGAAGAUCCGCCAGAAAUAGUGGUUUUAUGAGAAAUACCACAACACUAGAAUCAAAUAGCAGUCUUCCGGUUAAUGAUCUAAGAUUGGUUGAUGACGAAGUGUAUGAUGAAAUUUUAGAGGAGAUCCAGUUUCUCUUUGCCAACGAGAGCGAUAUGCGUGAACAAAGACGGCGAAUGCUAGGGGAGGACGAAGGCGAUGUGGUUGUUUCUGCUUCAGAAAACUACGUCCCCCCAGGAACCGGACUGUCAUCACUUAAUUCGGACCCCUGCAUAAUCUCCAUGCUAGCGGCAUCUCCUCACCGGUAG